CUCUUUCCCAUCCGGGUCAGAUCGGAAGCAACACUAUCCGGUGCAUUGGGCGAGUGUGUGUGUGUGUGUGUGUCACACUUUCAGCUGGUGAGUCUGUCAUGCUGCUCUCAGCACACCUUUAACCUGCGGAUACACAUGAAACAUACGGAUUACCUGUCAGACACGCACGCAAGGGCUCGUUUGCUGUCGCUUCAGACACUGAUCUGAUCAUUUAUAAGCUUUUUUUUAGUGUUUAGUGGAGGAGAUUUGGGGAUAAGAUGGCGGAUGUGGCUCCGGCCGGCGUGGAGAAGAGUCUGGAUGACUUCUUCGCUAAGCGCGACAAGAAGAAAAAGAAGGAGAAGGGCAAGGGGAAGGAGCAGGCGACCGGAGGAGCUGGAGGAACCGUGAUGGCGGUGAAAAAGAUGAAGAGGGAGAAGGAGAAGUCGACGAAGAGUGAGAAUCAGGACGCGCAGAUGGAAAAGGAGGAUGAGGAAUGGAAGGACUUUGAGCAGAAGGAGGUGGACUACACCGGACUCCGACUCCAGGCCCUGCAGAUGAGUGAUGAGAAGGAGGAGGAAGAAUACGAGAAGGAGGAAGUGGGCGAGGAUGGUGAGAUCAUCCUGGUCACUGGUGAUAAAAUCUCUGGACCCUGGAAUAAAUCAAGCGCCCCCCCCUCAGCUGCUCCGGUAGAGGAAGUUGAGGUUCCUGAGCCCAAAGCACCUGGCGUGUAUCGUCCCCCAGGGGCCCGGUUAACCUCUACCAAGAAAGGCCCAACUCAAGGGCCUCCAGAAAUCAACGACACCCAGUUUCCCUCUCUCCUCUCCACCGCCAGACACGUGGAGACUCGCAAGGACAGAGAGAUGGAGAAGACCUUCGAGGUGGUUAAGCACAAGAGCCGGGUCAGAGAAGGGGAAGGCCCAGGCUCCAUGCAACAUCUACAGUUAGAUAAUCAGUAUGCCAUCCUGGGGGACAAAUAAAAGCCAUCUCCCCCUCCCCCCCCAAGCCUACCGCCAAUGGUACAGUAAGACUCGUUGGGGGAAAGCUGUCUGAUGCAGUCUUUACUGAGCUGGAGACAUCUGUGCCCAUUUUCACACACACAACCAACACAUGCGCGCACACACACACACACACACACACACACACACUCGCACACAACAAUACAUAAACAUCCCAUUAGACCUCUGUCAAGCAACACCCAGAAAUUAACAUAUUUUGACCCAUUUAUCCAUCAAAAUCCUCUCAUACACACACGGACACGGCUGAUAAAGGCCCUCCCUUAUCAACUGCAUUUAAAACGGGCUGCAGCAACAGGAACUGACUGAUAUUUCAAAUUCUGCUUCAUACGAUACCGUUCACCAAGAUGAAUGACACUGCAUCAAACGAACAAGGCAUCAAAUGUUUCUUACGGUUGAUUUCCUCAUGGGGGUGGUUGGCCGGCAGAGCCACUGGACAUCGGCCAACCCUGAGAAAAUGAGAAAAGCCACUUUGAGGAUGGAGUUCAAGACAUUGGGUGAGAAUUAAA